AUGUACCCCCACCACUGCGCUGAUGCGGUCAACCGCGGCGACUUUCAAUGCUGGAACUCCAUGAUCUUCAUCCGAGCUUGGCGGCUGGAGGCUCAUGCGGACAACAAGGCCAUGAUGCACCAUGUCAGGCUGUGCAUUGAGGGCAUCCCCGUCCACUCCCGGAACACCUACAUCGACACCUUCUUCAUCAGCCCUGGUUGCUCGCUCGACUACAUCGAGCAGCGCUCACUCCGCAGGGAGGACACCUACGACCUUGCCCUCUGGGCUUGGACGGCGGACCCAAGCUGCAUCCCAAAGGUGAAGUGGCUCACUCACCCCGCCUGCGGACACCACCGUCGUGGGUGCCGGGGGCUGCGCCACCGUGUCCUACUGCACCUCGACCUACACAAAGAUCACUCGAAGGCUCGUGACGACGACAACCCGCCUCCCCCUGACAUCUACGAGCACACUUGGGUCAGGAAGAUGGUGCACGGUAGUGCCUCUCGUCGUGAACACAUGGGCGACCAAGGCCGUGAUGAUCACAACCACAACAGGCGGAAUGACGAGGGUGGCUGUGAUGGUGGCCGUGGGCGUGAUGGCGGACAUGCGCGACAUGGCUGGCGUGACCGUGUGCGCCGCUCACUAUCGAGGAACCCUCGGACCCGCCAGCGCCAGGAAGAGGGAGGUCACUGA